CGCCGCCGGUUAGUGCAGCCCGGGCCCGCCGCCGGCAUGUACACGGCCGAGGUGGACGCGCACGUAGCCCAGCGGUACCUGCUGAAGCGGCGGCUCGGGAAGGGGGCCUAUGGAAUUGUGUGGAAGGCGGUGGAUCGGAGGACUGGCGAGGUCGUGGCCAUCAAGAAAAUCUUUGAUGCCUUUAGGGAUAAGACGGAUGCCCAGAGAACGUUCCGGGAAGUCAUGCUGCUCCAGGAAUUUGGGGACCAUCCAAACAUCAUUAGGCUCUUGGAUGUGAUCCGGGCGGAGAAUGACAGGGACAUAUACCUGGUGUUUGAGUUUAUGGACACGGACCUGAGCGCCGUCAUCUGCAGGGGCGCGCUGCUGAAGGACGUGCACAAGCGCUACAUCUUCUACCAGCUGCUGCGGGCCGCCAAGUUCAUCCACUCGGGCCGCGUCAUCCACCGAGACCAGAAGCCCUCCAACGUCCUCCUGGACGCCAACUGCCUGGUGAAGGUCUGCGACUUUGGCCUCGCCCGCUCCCUGGGCGGCCUCCCCGAGUGCCCCGAGGGCCAGGCCCUGACGGAGUACGUGGCCACGCGCUGGUACCGGGCUCCGGAGGUGCUGCUGUCCUCCAGCUGGUACACGCCGGGGGUGGACAUGUGGAGCCUGGGCUGCAUCCUGGGAGAGAUGCUCCGGGGGAAGCCGCUGUUCCCCGGCACGUCCACCCUCCACCAGCUGGAGCUGAUCCUGCAGACCAUCCCGCCACCGGCCCAGGAGGACCUACUGGCUCUCGGCUCAGGCUACGGAGCCUCAAUCCUGCAGCACCUGGCGGCCGGGCCCAGGCAGGCGCUGGACGCCCUCCUGCCCCCGGACACGCCCCCUGAGGCCCUGGACCUCCUGCAGCGACUCCUGGUGUUCGCCCCUAACAAGCGGCUGAGCGCGGCCCAGGCCCUGCAGCACCCCUACGUGCAGAGGUUCCACUGCCCGGCCCGCGAGUGGGCGCUGGAGGCGGAGGUGCGGCUCCCGGUGCACGAAGGAGUCCAGCUCACGGCCCCCGAGUACCGCAGCCGCCUCUACCAGAUGAUCCUGGAGCGCAGGGGCGGCAGCCGCCCCCCGAGAGAGAAGGGCCAGGGGGACGCCCAGGUGCAGGCCCCGGGGGCGGAGCUCGGCGCCUCCCGGCCCCAGGCGCGCGCGCUCCAACUCAUAGCCGCGCCCCCGCCGCCCGUGCAGGACCGCGGGCACAGGCCGAAGAGCAGCCCCGCGCACGACGCCCCCGGCGGAGUCAAGAGCGUCCCCAGGCAGAACUCGGCGCCCCCGCUCCUGCCGGCGCCCCCGCUCCUGCCGGCGCCCCCGCUCCAGCCGGAACCCCCUCUCCAGCCGGCGCCCUCGCUCCAGCCUCCGCCCCCGAGAGGCCGGGGGAACGGGGAAAGGCCCCUCGGGGCGACGGCGGAGCCCCCCUCGUGGGCGAAGCCCCGCGCCCAGGCAGCGCCCUCGCUGGCCUCACAGGCCGCCGCGCAGGUGGCCGUCCAGGCUCUGAUCCGGAACAACCGGGACCCUGGCCCAGGGGCCGGCGCGCGACGGGUCCCUCUGGGGCGUCCCGGGGAGGCCCGGCCGGGCCGGAGGAUGUUCAGCGCCUCGGCCUCGCAGGGGGCCCAGGGGGCCGCGCGGGCUGCGCUGGGGGGCUACUCCCAGGCCUACGGCACCGUCAGCCACUCGGCGCUGGGCCGCCUGCCCCUGCUCCCCGGACUCGGCCACAGGGCCACGGCGUGUGAGCCUCGCUCCCCGCCCGCGCCCCCACCCCGCGCCCCUCCCUAG